CGUGAGAAUUUGAGUGUAAUUCCGCCGAGAUGGGCGCUAGCGUCGAGAACGGAAAAUACGUGACACCGGAAGGCUCGAAGAUGUGGGAGUAUCUGACUGCAUUUAAUUGUUCAAUCAUGAGCUUAUGCAUCGGAGCAAUCAUAGGAUGGGAUUCGCCGAGCAUCGUGAAGCUGAUGGCGCCGGAAUCGUCGAUCUCUGUUACCGUCUCCAACGUUUCCACCCUAGUAGCCAUGGUCGCCAUUGGUCACAUACUGGGACCGAUAAUCAACCAACUCAUAGUCGACAGAAUAGGUCGAAAAAAAACUAUUCUAUUUAGUGGAAUGUCGUCGACAGUUUGUUGGGGUUUGAUCACGAUCGCUACGAAUAUCUGGCUGGAUCUUAAAUUCAAAUACUUCAAAUAUAUAGUUAACAUUAAUAUAAUAUAUUCAAUCUCUUUUGCAGUUCUCUAUGUGGCCAAGCUGAUGGGCGGUCUGUGCCUUGGCCAAUACAUGUGCGUAUUCACGAUGUACAUCGGAGAAAUUGCGUCGCCGAGCACACGAGGGGCCGGAGGAGCCGCGAACACGAUUACAUUCAAUCUCGGCAUUCUCGGGAUGUUCAUCGUCGCGCCAUACCUGUCGAUAUCAACGGCGGCAGCUAUUUGGCUGACGGUGUCCAUUGGCUUCACGAUCGCCUUCUGCUUCAUGAUGGAGUCACCGUACUAUUUGGCCAUGAAGGGGAAAAUGGAUGAGGCGGAGGAAGCGUUGGAGAAACUGCGCGGUAAGAUGGAUGUCUCGGAAGAAUUGCAGGUGAUAGUCGAAUCAUUGUGCGACGAAAAGCAGCGGCGAACUGGUGGAAUAAGACUGCUCUUAACCGAGCGCGCCAGUUGUCGCGCCUUUAUUAUCAUCAAUCUUAUUACGAUCACCCAUCAUAUCGGCGGCUUCUUCAUGAUCAUCGCGUACGGCCAACUCCUUUUCAAAUCCGCUCAGCUCGAGAUAGUUUCCGAUCACACGGCCAACGUCGUGAUUGGCGUGGUGCAGGUGGUCUCCGCGACAAUUACCAUCUUCCUGGUUGAUAAGUUAGGUCGUAAGCCGCUAAUACUCUUCUCCGGCUUGAUCGCUGCCGCGUCGAAUUUCGUGAUCGGCGUCUUCUUCUAUGCAAAGGACUACCUGAACGCAGACAUGUCCGCAUACUCGGCGGUGCUAUUAAUCGCGGCGAUGCUACUUGUGUUCGCCUUCAAUUGCGGUUUGCUCCCCAUGCAGAUGAUUAUGAUGUCCGAGAUGUUUGCCACCGAAAUUAAAGCUCUUGCCACGUGUCUUUUGGCUGUCACUAGCGGUUGCUUCUCCGUCAUAGCGGCGAAAGCUUACAUUUUAGUAGCCGUCACAUGGAACUACGGCCACUCGGUGCCUUACUUAGCAUUCUUUGUGAUCGUGACGGUAUGCACCGCCUUAAUUCUUCGCCUCUCGCCUGAGACGAAAGGCAAAACCUUUGUGCAGAUACAAAAGGAGCUAUGCGAUUGAAGUAACUGAAGGACGAAGAAUCGAAGCGCCUUCGGUUCGAUCCGAUAUCACAGAAGGAAGAUCCUCUAUUGGAUACCGAGAAAGCAUAUUGCCUCUCGUAAAUUGUGCGUUUUAAAGAAAAAUAAUUUGGUAUACUAUAAGAGAUCUCGCCAAAAAUCUCUAUCGGGGUUCUUCGACGUUCGCUCUCAACGGGGGAUCGAUAAAAAGGAGGAAAUUGAAAAUUGCGAGCGGAAAGUCGAAGGAGAUGACCUUUCAAGAUGCAUGAGCAAACGAAUUUUUGGGCAAUCGCGUUGAAAUUGCUCGCGACGUUGAUGUACUUUGUACGUGAUAAAAGUGGAUAGUUUAUGCGAUAUCUCAAAACGCGCUGGAAGCAGACAUAUCGAUUCGUCGCUGCCACAUGCAGUGCUUACCCGUUUAUGUGUAUAUUACUGAAGAAAUAAUAUACUUACAGAUGUAUAAUAUAAUCGACAUUGGGCAGUAGCCCGAGAAAGAAAUAACAACAGAUCAAGAUUCGCACAUGUCGCGCAUGAGGUGUUCUCUAAAUUAGUUCAUAAAAUUAUUAAAAUUAUAUAUUUUAUAUCUCAUGUACAUAUAUCCAAACAGAAUGCUUAUUGUGUCAUGUCAUAUUUUUUAUAAAUUCAAGUCAAACAUUAUUGUGCACCGAAAAUCGUAA